CAACGGCAGCUGCAGGGCUGGCGCUGCACAUUCAUCACACGGUUGCAAGAAGGGCUCCUCAAAGCUCGGCCAGCGUCGGAAUCUGGCCGAAAGAUUUAGUGCGGGAAGCGGGCAGGAGAACUGCAGAAAACCCACGACCGCAUCUCGCAGAGUCGGGGCCCCCACCGCCCACAAAAACCAGCCAUAUCAGCUUCCGGGAACAGCUUGGCCACGCCUUGGACGACGAUAGGGGGCGGCCCGGCCUCGAACCGGCAAUAACGAGCGCGCCCGCCCGUCUUCGGCGUAGCGUAGUUCCGUCCCAAGUAUUGCAGGGAGCGACGUUUUUUCCCAUAGGACUUUUAUAGGGCGGGAGCGAGGCCUGAGGCAGCGCUCAGAUGGCUGCGGAGCGGAUAUACCGAGAGGUGCAGGAUUAUUAUGCUAAAGAGUUGAAGACAAGAGAGGAUCUGAAAACCAAUGCUUGCAUUACUUUAACAAAGCCUUUGCCCACGUUUAUCAAAGAAGCACUGCAGUGUGUCCAUGAGGAGGUUUCAGCAAAGUUCUAUGGUUGUGGUCUGGUGGUUCCAGAAUGUGUGGAAGACUGCUUGAUAUUGGAUUUGGGCAGUGGAAGUGGCCGAGACUGUUACAUGCUCAGUAAGCUGAUUGGGGAGAAUGGGCAUGUAACUGGAAUAGACAUAACUGAGAGCCAGGUAGAAGUAGCAAAGAAACACAUUGAUUAUCAUAUGAAUAAGUUUGGCUACCAGAAGCCCAAUGUGAACUUCAUCCGUGGUGCCAUAGAAAAACUGGAUGAAGCAGGCCUGAAGAGCGAAAGCUUUGAUAUUGUAAUCUCCAAUUGUGUGGUUAAUCUGUCCCCUGACAAAAGAGCUGUCCUACGUGAGGUUUAUAGAGUGUUAAAGGUGGGAGGGGAGAUGUAUUUCACUGACGUGUAUGCCAGCCAUGAUCUGCCGGAAGUGAGCAGGAAACACAGAGUCUUAUGGGGCGAGUGCCUAGGAGGAGCCCUGUGGUGGAAGGAUCUCUACAAAAUUGCUCAGGAAGUUGGAUUCCAGCCACCUCGGUUGGUGACUGCCUCCCGAAUAACUAUUGGCAACAAGGAGCUGGAAAGUGUUGUGGGUGAGUGCCAGUUUGUUUCUGCAACUUUACGCCUCUUCAAGAUCCCCAAGGAUUUUUCCAUCCAACGCUGUGAAGUUAUUUACACAGGUGGAAUCACUGGGCAUGAGAAGGAACUAGAGUUUGAUGUUAACUACAAGUUCAAGCAAGGAGAAGUUGUAGAUGUGGAUGAGGAUAUGGCAGCUGUUCUGCAAAAAUCGAGGUUUUCUGGGAAGUUCCUGAUCCGUCCAGUGGAGCAGAAAAAAACAACCCCCACAGGCUGUUGUCCUGGGAAACCGAAGGAGAAGAUAAUUAAUCCAUUCAGACUGGUAGAAGAGAUGGAGGUAAAAGCCCCUGUACAGUCUUCCGUAGGAUGCUGUGGGUCCAAAGGAUGCUGCUGAAAGUUUAACGUCGACAGACUGAUUUUGAAUGAACAGUUGAUUUGUCAGAAACAGUGAGCAAGAAAAUGAGCCAUCAUUUCUAAUAGUUAGUGAAUGGGAAUGAAUCAAUGCUUUGCUAUGCUAACCUGGGUUUUAUUAUUUUUAAAUUAAACUUUCAUUAACAUGCAUUAGACCAAAGAGCAGUUACAGAGAAAAAUAGAACUGAAUCACAGAUACUGUAAUUAAACGCACUAAUUUGUUGUUCAAACAAUGUUUUGUUAAGUUUUGGAAGAACAUAUUUUGAGAAUUACAGAAUUACAGUAUAUUCACUCAUCAUUCAAAUGGAAAUAUGUUCAGACAGUUCACUAAGUUUUUGGCGACUGAAACAAGAUUCAGAUGAGGAUAUUAGAAUUUGUUUUACUAUAAGAUAAUUAUAAUGCCAGUAUUUAAAUAGUCUGGUGGUAUUUUAUUUGUCACUGAACAAUGCAUACAAGAGUGAUUAUUAAAUUGAUCAUAAUAUGAUAAAA